UCAAAAGGUGAAAGGUCCAUUACCGGAAAGGUCUAUUAGAAUUUACUUUGUACAGUAGUUCGUGAAAUAAAACGGUGUCCAGUUUUUUUGUGACACCCGGUAAUAUAUGUUCAUACUUGCUGUUUUGUUUAGGAUACAACCGUUCUGCCAGUUACGAACGUGGCGGAGGUUAUGGUGGCAAUAAUUAUGGUGGUGGCGGUUACCAUGCUGGUGGUGGUGGUGGUGGUGGUUACGGAGGUGGUUACUCUGGUAAUAAUUACAACAACUUUGGUGGUGGUGGUGGUGGUGGUAGAAACAACUACGGCGGCGGAUAUGGUCGACGUGGUGGAGGAGGUGGCUACAAAGAUAGGAACUAUGAUUCUCCCAAAGGUAUUGUACCAUCCAUAAUCUUCAAUCAUAUUUAUUAGGCCUACUGUACAGUAGUGUAAGCAGAAGCAGCUACGAAAAAUGCAACUACAGUAUCGGCACUCUGGCAAAAAUCGAACCUGCGGCCCUGCGAUUCCAGUGCAGCACUCUAAUCAACUGAACAGAGAGUUAGGCAACCUAGAACGGCAACGGGGAAAAUAUAAUUGCUUAUGUUGUUGUAUUUGAGCCAAAGUAUACGUUACAACUUACGACACUUAAUUUGCCUCUUUAAGUAUUCCUGUUUCUUUCAAACGUACCCUUAAGUAAAAAUAGUCCGCGAAUUCAAAUAAAACUCUCAAAUAACAUCGAACGAAUUAACUGUUGCCGUAGUCAUGCACCGUGAAAAUGAUGCAAAUCACGUACUAGUUUCAACAACUACGGCAUUGCACAACGCUUAAGACCAUGUAAUUUACAUUCACUUUUGUCUUUGGGGAUUAAUGCUAUUGUUGAUGACCAUAUUGCCGUUGCCCUUGUAUUUGCCAAACUCUCUAACUACAGAGAGACAGACAGUUGUCGAGCUCUAACCACAAGUUCGUGUAUAAAUACUAAGGUGAUGUCACCCUCUUUAAUAAAGGGAACUUGAGAUGUGCUUGCCGCUUAAUCUAGUUCGCAGACGUGACAAAAAAUGUUUUACUUUUGGAUUUGUAACCAGAAUUAUUAUAAUUAUUUAAAAUAUUUAUACACGUAGCCUAUUCAACUAAAAUUAUAACAGUUGUUUUUCAAAGUGUCACGUGUUAAAAAUAUACUGCCAUGCAAUAUUUAAUUAUAACUAUUAAAUCUAUUUAUAACAAAUUACAACAACAAUCAAACUAUACUUACAUGCAUUUAAUUUCUACUGACUAAGACUAAUUAUAUAGACUAAUUAUAAGAUUACAAUAAGAAGUUACAUUAUAUAGCCCGUUAUUUCAGUAUUAUCCUCUCUUCGUUUGGAAGAGCGUUCCAGAUCACGAAAGCUCUUUAACUGAACUCUAUCCGUCGUCGUUCUUGUUUUCAGAAUUCUACACGUUAAAUAUUCGGCAUCCGCAGGGUCGCAGGCAUUUCUUUUUUUCUCAACCUGGCACCAGUGUGGAUUAUAACGGUCGGCAAUCGGCUAUUUGCCGAACCAAAACACUAAAUGGCAGACUAAUUUUAUUCUGUACGGACAUGUUAACCGAUGAGAUAAAACUACGCACUUUUCAUUUAAGUUCCAAAAGAAAAAGAACACAACACAUGUAUGGUACUAGACAUGCAGAAAAUUGGAUAACAAUGGCGGUCAAUAUCUUUGGGACUGCUUAAUAACCAAAAGUUAAUUAUGAUUGGUGAUGAUUGUUCAUGCGGGAAGUGAUCAGCACGACCGAUCAAUGUAAAUAUUGAAAAUCUGGCUCACCAUUAUUAGCCGCCAAUGUCCGAGCAACUGCACACUUGAUUUGACAUUUGUCAGACCCACGCGAAAUUGUUAUAAUCCACACUGCCUGGCACACAUGACCGCUAUAUCGAGAUCGCUGCAGAGGUGGCUAUUUAACUGUAUAACUACAGUAUACCAAACGUUAAACUCGCUGGUAAAUUUCGCAAGCGCAUGUUUCAACAUCAGGUUUUCAUUCGACGUUUUCGUCACGGACUUUUUGCUUCCUGCUACUGACACAGUUAUCAUGUUUGAUCUUCCUAUGAAAAAAAGAGAAGUUUCGCACUUGACAUUCUUUUAUUUUGAUUACACAUAAGUUCGUUUUCAUUGUCAUGUAAUCCAUAACACUUAGAAAAAAUUACCGCCUUGAAAAGUAGAAUAGACCUUUCCCCUUAUGAGUGAAAUUUUGAUCUAGACAAGUCUGGACAAAAAUUUCAUCAUAGCUUGAAAGAGCAUCACAACAUUAGUAAUAUUACCAAUUUCCCCCGCGUAAUACAAAAUGACUGAAAAACGGCAAACUUCGCAAGGCUAUAUUAUCCGCAUUUUACAACAUUUUGCAACGAAACUUCAGAAUAUUACUAAUGUUGUGAUGCUCUUUCAAGCUAUGAUGAAAUUUUUGUCCAGACUUAUCUAGAUCAAAAUUUCACUCAUAGGGGGUCUAUUGCCUCCGGGUUCGAUCAUAACGGAGGCAAUUUUGCCUCAUUCCGAUGGCUGUCUAUUAAGGUAUUUAUUUUUAGAUGCUUGGAUGUCUGUUCCUCCCGCAGAAGAGUGGGGAAAGUUGUUGCCAAGAAAUGAACGAACGGAAAGGUAAGUCAGGCUAGCCUGCACAUUCCUUUACUGGCUUUAGUUCAGAAUUUAAACUUCAGGUUUAGGGAUGCCGAGAUAUUUUUCCGGGGUUGGAGUUUGGUUGCCUAUGGGCACUUGCAGUAUGAUCGUACCAGCAUGUAAGUACCUCGUAAGAAUGCUAUUUUAAGACCCUGUCACACUACCCACAAUCUCGUACCCAGAGCAAUGCCUGUGCGCGGGCUAGGAUGGCAUUGGCUCUGGGGAAAUUGACAACCGGAACCCCUAAAUUUAGGGGUUCCGGUUCUUUGUCGGCAUGCACGAUUGAUAAACGUUAAACCAAUCACAGCACAUGAAAAAUUCAAUUUCCCCAGAGCCAAUGCCAUCCUAGCCCGCGCACAGGCAUUGCUCUGGGUACGAGAUUGCACUACCCACCGAUAACGAUACGAUAACUUGUACUGUAUACGCCCGCUGAUUGGUCAAAAAAAUUUGUCGUUAUCGUCCGACUGAAAAAAAUCGCUCGAGCGAUUUUAAAAUCGUUAUCGUCAAACGAUAAUAACUUGGAAAUUGGUUCAAAUGUGUAAUUAAAAUCUAUAAAGAGCUCAAAUUAUCUUUUUAGGGAACUGUUCGCAGCAUGCAAUACUGGGAUCAACUUUGAUAAGUACGAGGAUAUCCCUGUAGAAGCGACUGGUGAUAAAUGCCCAGCUCAUAUUGAGAACGUAAGUAUAACCAUAAUUAACCUUUACAGUACAGUAUCUGCAUGUGUCGCGGAUGCCUUCAGCAUUAAGCAAUCGUAUACGCAUGUUGGGUCAUCUUGCAUGCAACAGACCUGUGUAGCAAUGCUGUUCCAACAACUUGUCAACGGGAUAUGUUCGCACUGCUUGUUCCCAGGCUUGUUGACAACUUGCUUGUUGAGCUCAACAGACUUGUUACAAGUUGUUCCAACAACUUAUUAUCAUCCUGCAAUUCAACAAUUUGUCAACAAGUUGUGCAUGAGUGACAACCUUGUAGCUAGAGAGAAUCGGUAUUGCAAAUGCCGGCAUACCGCCAUCAGAAUACCGGUAAAUACAGGAAUAUUGGCAUUUUUAACGUGUUUUUUAAGAAGCCAAACUGAACUUCUGAACGUCGAGAAAAAUCUAGCCUGCGUGGCAGGCUCAUUGACAAAGAGCCUGCUAAGAAAAAUCAAGUUUUGACAAAAUUUUAUGUCACACCUAUACUGUUGUUAUAAGUGUCAAUAUAUCACAAGAUUCGCAUUUUCAAACUAUGCUAUAACGACGCUAAGGGGCAAUUAUAAGAAAUAUUUCCGGUUAUAUAAUAUACACUUGAUGUCUGAAUCCGAGGGAAAUAGUUUUGUUUUCCCGAGAAUCUCAAUGUUUCCAGAGACGAAGUCGAGGGAAACAUUGAGAUUCGAGGGAAAACAAAACUAACUGUUUCCCGAGGGAAAAGACGUUAAGUGUUUUGUUAUAUAGCGACGAAACAAAUAUCAACAUUGAGCAACAUUCAUACAACAAUAUUUGUAUUUCAUGACAAAAACUCUAUAGCGUAAACGAGUUUAAAAUUUUAAAAACCUACUUAAAUGGUUUCAGCAGCAUAUCCUGUUGCCUGUUAUGUAUUUUUCUUCUCUUUUACAUUCUUUAUUUUAACACAAAGCCACGAAAACAGUAGUUUAAAUAGUAUAAAUUUGUGCCGCCAUUUUGUUUAUUUAUGUACGUAGCCGGACGGGGCGGGCACCAAUUUUUCACUUAUUGCCCGGGCGGGAUACAUUGCAUUUAUCUAAAGCCACGUGACUACAAAUCAGCCAAUCACGUUUGGUGUUCACACUAGCUAUAUAACAAUAACAAUUAACAAAGUUGUCUCAGUAUUGCUAAACCACAUUCAACUGACAAAAUCGUCCAUCUGUGAGUAUUGUUUUGAGUUGAAAUACCGAAAUAUCGGUAUAUCGGUAUUUUUGAAUUAUGAAUAUCGCCAUUACUGGUAUAUAAACAAAUACUGGUAUACCGGAUAUAUCCGAUAUAUCGAUUCUCCCUACUUGUAGCAACUUGAUAAAAUAACAGCAUUCUUACAACUUGUUGACAAGCUUGCUUCAAACCCUUAUUGACCAGUUGAGAUAUUUUUACGUGUGCAUGUAUAGUAUACAUACAGCUAAUACGUGAACCACAGGUUCAUAGCCACAGGUUCAAUUCCUUAUAUUCCAACUGCUCCAGGAUGGGCCUAAAACAUGUUAGUUUUCGUCACUUGUAAUUUCCAUGUACAAAAAGUCAAGAAAACCUUCAACAUUUUUUUUCAAAAUCCCUACUAUGGAAGUAGUAUGAAUCUUCGUUGGAAGUAGUACAUAUGGAAAUCCAAUUUUCAUACUAAUUACAAUUUCAAUUCCUUAAUAGUAUGGGUAUACUGUGGAUUUAGUGAUGCAAUUGCAAAUUCCAUGCAUAGUAUGGAUUUCACUAUUUUUUCCAGUGUAUUAAGGCCAUGUUACACGGUGCAAUUUUUCUUGCAACUUGCAAUGCAAUUCUACUCUUGAGAGAUGUUAAUUAGUGAAAUUAGUGAAGAAUUUUCGAUAUGUUGAGAAAACGUCAGCUGAGUGUAAUGAAGACUCGUAUCUGGCAAUGUAAAAUUGCCAAAUUCUAGUCUUCAUUACACUCCGCUGAUGUUUUCUCUCUCGAAAAUUCUUCACUGAUUUGACUAAUUAACAUCUCUCAAGAGUAGAAUUGCAUUGCAAGUUGCAAGAAACAGUUGCACCGUGUAACACAACCUCGUUCCCAGGCUAUUUGCUCUUGGGAAGCAAAGACCCUGGUCGGAGCUGGUCACGUGAUGCAUUGAAAAUUGAUAGCCCAAGAGGGGGGUGGAAAAGUCUCAUAUUACAUGUUUCCACUUCCGCACUUCGAUUGCAAGGAGUGGCCGUUCUGUACAAUCAUUAAUUCAUCUUCAAGAAUCAUAUAUACCUCAAACUACUUGCUAACUUGGUUUCAGUUUGCUUUUAAAUUAUACAAACAUGCUAAAAUGCAGAUUCUUAUGGCAACAGAAAAUUCAGGAAAUCAAGCAACGAGAACAUAUGACUGUCAUGACUGUACGCUUUGAAAUAUUUUUAUUUUCUCGGGGUUCGCCGGUUCGGGCGUAUAGUUUUAUUUCACGCAUACGUUUCUGUUGUGGCUCUGAUAUUUAUAAUAUGCUUAUAAUAUGCCAAUGAAAUGUUCUGAUAUGGACAUGGUAUAAAUUUUGUUAAACAGAUGUCUCGAAAGCGACUGUUUAUAUAGGUCGUAGGAUUAGCGCCUUGCCGGUCUUAAACGUGACACAUUUGGACACAAGCCAAAUACACAUUGUGAAUGUCCAUUCUAUUGAUUCUAAAACUGUUUAUAGACAUAUUGCUCUAGAUUUUUUUUUUAAAUGGCUAUCAUCGUUUAUAUUAAACACCAGGAAGACAAAAUAUAACGUACAAAAUUGUUUGAAAUCGACAGUGCACAGCUGACAUACGACAAUUCAUAACUGCAAGAAUUUCCUUUUUUGUCUGCACGAGUACCUGUUUGUUGAAGCCAAAAUAUUGCACAGCAUCUCCUAUAAAUUCUAUCGCCAUUUACCCUCUCCCCUUAAAUGCAAAGGAAUGACAGCCGAAAAGGUUUAGCAAAGUAUUUUUUAUUAUAUCUGGUAUAACGUGUCCUACGUUAAGUACGUUUUAUCAGGGACAUACAUAAUUCAUAAACUGUAUAUGCACACGAAGUCUCGCUUAUAUUAAUGAGUUUUACUGUAGCAAACCUUUUAAAGUUUCCAUUGAUAGAUAGGUUGUUUGCCUCCAGUAUUGUUUGGUAAAACAGACUAAACUUCUAAAAUGUCGAUUCCAGUAUACGAUAAAGAUUAAAGUUGAUUUAAAUAUUGAUAACUCACAGCGGCAUUAAUCCAUUAUACAAGUCUAAAGAAGCUGGAUUAUGUAAGAGUUAAUUACCGAGAACGAGGUUUCUUAGCGAGAUACAACCCGAGGGGCGUGACCCGAAGAAAGCGUCCCGAGGGCCGUAGGCCCGAGGGACGCUUUCUGAGGGCUACGCUCCCGAGGGAUGUAUCUCGCUAAGAAACCGACGUUCGAGGUAAUUAACUCACUUAGUUCAAAUUUGUAAGGAUUGAAAAACAAUUAAAUCUACUUUUUUGUCGAAAAUACUUGCAUUGAAUUAAGAGAAUAACGAUUGUUACCAUGGGGUCCAUAUGAAAAUGAGAUUGAAACGUGAACUACCUAUGUAGCGACGAAAAAAAUGCUUCCAGGCAACCGGAAUCAGAUGAAAAUGUAGGCUUAUGGAAAGAGAAUUUUUGCAAGCAAAUGACGAACCAUUGGGAUUUGCAGUGCUCAAACUAGACAGAGAUAAAGAGUCUUGAAAAACGCGUAUUGAGCGUAUACCGAAUAUACUGUAGGCACAAGACCCAACACCAUCUGGGCAGUUCGAUCGUAUUUGGAAAGAGUGGGCCGAAGGUAGAAGCGCUAUAACGAACAAUAUGUGUAUGGGUUUGUCGAAGCAAAGAUUCUAAAUUUGUUUUCAAUAGGGUUUUAUUUGGGUAAGAAUCUAAAAGCAAGUGGAGGGAAUUUGACAUCUCUAUAGGGAAAAGGGGGGUUGAUGAAUAGAAUUCAAUUGAAUUGAUGAUUAAAUAUUCACUAGGUUUUAUCUAAGUAUAUAAAACCUGAUUUUUGCGGGUUAUAUAUAUAUAUAACCCGCAAAAAUCCGGGUUUUAUAUAGAUAAAACCCGGUGUAUAUUUAAUCGUCAAUCCAAUUCAAUUCUAUUUAUCAACCCCGCUUUUCCCUGGAGAGAUAUCAAAUCCCUCCCCUUGCUUUCAGAUUCUUACCCAAAUAAAACCCUAUUGAGAACAAUAGAAAUCCGCACAAAUUUGAACUAAUCUUCAAUAAAGCCCUCAAUGGACCAUGCCAAUGUCAAUGAAAGGUCUAAUAUUAUACAUGUUGCAAAUUACUGUAUAUACAAAAUAUGAAAUAAUUUAUAUAAAGUACAAUACCAGUGUCUGGUGCAUAUAUCGUCCUAGAUAUUCAAGUUGUACCGCACGCACGGAAACGCACGGAGGAGUCUUGGCGUUUGUGUGAUAACAGAUAGCUAGCUACACUUCGACAUUAUCUUUCUUGAUCGUUGAGUUUCAGCAAUGUAAAUGAAAUUAAUUUUAUAGCCAGUCCAUAACGGGUUUUAAUCCUGUGCUUUUACAGUCAGAAUAGCACUAUUUUUACACAUGCAUGUUGGCGAUGUUUGGGAAAUCAAAGGCAAAGGAUCCCGUUAUAAAAUAAAUCUUUUGUUUUGAAUAUCGGACAGGAUACACUUCAACUAUAAAGAACCAUAUCGUUCGUUUAAUACCGUUUGAUCGAUCAGUCUGUGUAGAAGAUAUGUAUGUUUCUACGGCGAUACGUGCUAAACUUCGCAGGCCAGGCGCGUGUGGAGUGUUUUCCUUGCAAGUGAAAUAUGAUCCAGCUUCUCGCUUGAAAUGUAACGCAACACUUAUUAUUGAUGACAUUCAGUAUAGCAGGAAGUCUUGUCAUGAUCGGUACGAAUUUAGAACAGUUCCUUUCACAAUCUCUUGUUGCAAAUUACAUUUUUAUCACCCGAAAUUAUAACACAUAAAGUUGCAAUUUUCCAAAUGCAACAAACAGACUACUCUCCUAUCCCUCCCUGAGAUCAAAUUCAAUUUACCCCCAAAAUCUGGGGGUUCACGUGACCAGCUCCGACCAGGGUCUUUGCUUCCCAAGAGCAAAUAGCCUGGGAACGAGGUUGCGUGUAACACGGCCUUUAGGCUGUAAUGAUAGGCUAUAUCUCUGUAUUCCAGACAAUAUAACAUUAGGCCUCUGUAUGAUCAAAACAAUAGUUGUAUUAUGUAGUAUUUAAAACACGAGAAGGAGGGUUUAUCAUAUUUAAAACGCGAGGCGCAGCAUAGCGUUUUAGAUAUGAUAAAAUGCGAGUUCGAGUGUUUUCAAUAGCUUAAAAUACGACCAAAAAGAAUAAUAAUUAGGAUGAACAAUUAUAUAAUCAUACUAAUUAGGAUGAAGAAUUAUAUAAAGAAUACUAAUGGAGAUGAGUUUUAUCAGAUAUAAAGUCACUCCACGUGACAUGUUAUGGCUGACAUGAUUUGCCACCAGGUUUAUGAAUUUUUAAUCAGUAUUUUAAUUGUUUCAAAUUUAGUUUGCUGAUUGUACUAAUCUUGGAGAGGUUAUCACACACAAUAUUAGUGUAAGUAUAUAUAGUCUAGUGUCAUGGUAAUGCCUGGUUCACACACUCGGUGAUUUUUCUCCUCCUGGAAGAUGUGAUCGAAUGAAUGACGUGAAAAAGACUUAGAAUUGUUUACUUCUGAAAAGCGACUCUAUACUUUUGUGUGCGAGUUCACUCGUUUGCAUCCGUCAGAAACACAAAAUCGCCGACAACUGUUAGAGUGUGAACCAGGCUUAAAGCCCUGGGGCCGGUUGUAUAACAAAGUGAUUAAAGUUAAUCAUAGUUAAGUGGAGAUGUCAUCCAAUAAGAAGCGCCUAUUUGAGAGUUAAUCACUAUUUAACUACAAAAUAGUGAUUAAAAAAGUGAUUAAGAGUUUUAUACAACCGAACCCUGGUUCUUUUUAAACAAAAUAUUUUGUUAAAUAAAAAUCAUAUCAUAGCAGUCCAAAUGUAACCUCCAAGCAUUGUAGAGCUGCUCCUACCGGCUUAUUAUCGUAAUCGAUUGAUCGUCAUCAACAAUCGAUUAAUCAUUUUAAAUAAAUCAUGUGUCCACAGUGGUUAACGCAUGUAAGACGUCAACGUCAGGACGACGGCUAUCUAUAUACAAUGACAUUAAUCCUAUAGCACAAAAGAAAUGAAUAAAAGUCUAGCAGGGAUUUUAGACGUCGUCCAGAUUCUAUUAACAGCAAAAUGCAUAUUUUCACGUCUCGCACAGUGCACUAGCAUUUAAAGCCGUGACAGGCACUUUUCCCAGUUGAUCAAAGUUGCUCUAAAGGUUAAAGCUCUAGUUCGAAACUGUAUAAAAUUCAUACGAAAGUAAAUACAAGACAAGAUUUCCAUACAAUCAUUUAUUUCAAACAGUUUGUUUAUCCGUCUUCCGGACUUCCCCGUCUUGCCUGUACAUACGUAUAAAUUUGUGUCGCCUACAGGAAGGGGGAUGUUUUAAAGAUUUUUUUGACAGCCAAUGGGAGAGUUAGUGGUAGCAGAAUAGUAAUAAAAAACAAGUCGCGUUUGUCAUUUAAUUACAUCUACAACACUAUCUCCUUGUUUUUUUUUUCAAUCAGGAAAUAAAGUUAUCCAGGUGUCAUGCUACUGUAUAUGUACGGCUGUUUUGUUGAUUCGAUUAUCGUUAAGAAAAAUUGAUUGCCAAAAAACACCAAAAAAUAAUCGAUUGAUCAGGGUUCCCACUAGAAUUUGGACUAGGAGGUUUUUUUGAAAGAAGUAGGCGGCUAUAUUGGUGCCAAAUGUAUAAUAAACAUUCUCCUGGGGGAGAGGGCCCGAGGGCGUCUCCCCAUGACGAUAAUGAAAUUUAGACGCUCUUCAGUGGCAUUUCCCGCUAUUUUGAAGAGCUGUUGUGGAGAUUUUGUCAUAUCAUUCAAAUAGUUAACGUGUAGAAUUUAUGUUAUAAAAGCUAGAAACAUUUCCCUCGGCAUUUCUAUGGUAUAAGGAGGAAUUUGCCAUUUUGGGAAAUAACCGGUGAUUGUCUAUGCUAUAUAGACAGCGAAAAUCGCGGGAUGCCGGCUUCUAUUGAGAUUUGAGAACCCUGAUUGAUCGAUCGAUCAAUUGGGGGGCAGGUCUACGGCAUUGGAGGGUAUAAAUAAUCGUUUAUUAGGAAACAAAUGUUUUUAAUAUGUAUCAUUACUUAAUGUGUCAUUACUCUACUGUAGUUGUGCCAUUAUUCCAAACCAACUCCAGUGCAGAAGUAUGCUAUCCCGAUUAUCAAGGAUUCACGUGAUUUAAUGGCUUGUGCCCAGACAGGUAAUAUUUCCACCAAACUAAAAAAAUACCCGAUAUUUUCAAAUUUUUAUUUCAACCUUGGGUAACAGUUAACCCAUUAACUCGAACCCACGACAUCAGAGGCGAAUGCCGCUUGCUCUGACGACUUCGCCACAUUGUUUGACUCGUAUCACGAGUGUCAAGAUGCCAAUCGGUUGCUACAAUAAUUGUCGGAUUUCGUUUUAUCUUAAACAAGUAAACACAGUGAGGUUCUGGUCAGAGAUGGAUUUUCAUAUUUUCGUUCGAGGGGGUGAAUAAAUAUCUGGGUGCUACCGCUUGCUUUGGCCGGGUGGCAACGCCCGGAAAGGCCAAGGAAAAAGUUUAACAACAUUUUUUUCUAGGCCUGCAUGGCGAGAUCUGAGACCAUAAUAUUGGUAAUUUUACAAAUUUAGUAGUAAGAAUAAUCAAAUAUGAAACUAUCGAAUCAAAAUAUAUAUAAUUUGCGGGGGUGCAAAAACUUUUGGGGGCGGUGCCAAAUGCCACCGCCCCAGAAAAUCCGUGCCUUGUUCUGGUUAAUUUAAUGAAUGUGAAUGUCUUUGUGUAGGUUCUGGCAAGACUGCUGCAUUUCUUAUUCCAAUUCUGAGCAGAAUAUAUGAAGAAGGACCACCGGCUCCACCAGAUGUAAUGAAUAAAAAAAUGAAUCAAUUUAAAUGUGUAUGUAGAGACGUUUCAGAUAUAUGUUUGUUUCAUCAAUCAAUGAACGUCUAUUAUUCUUUUCUCAGAUGAAACAUCUUGGCAGAAGAAAGCAAUUUCCAAUUGGUCUUAUUCUUGCUCCCACUCGUGAACUUGCUAUUCAAAUCCUUGAUGAAGCUAAAAAGGUUUGAUUUCUGGUACUUUUGUUGCUAGUAUUCAAGUAGCUAUAUUGAAACUUAAAUUUUUUAUUGUCUUACAAACCCGCUACAAAAUAUUUGAGGUAAAGUUUGUUUUGGGUUGUUUACUUUUGUAGCUAAGAAACUGGCAUCACAAAAACUAUCGUUGAUUUAAUUGAAAUUUGUGAUGCUUAUUUCAUCGUCUAAAUCUUGAGAUGUUUUCUAGAAUUGACUAGGUUAUUAGUAUAGGUAAUAUGAUGGUUUCGAGUGCAAUUUGGAUAAAACAUGCACCAGUGAGUUUUUCAAAGAGCAUCAAAAUAGCACGAGUCCUUCGAACGGGAGAGCUAUUUUAAGGUCUUUGAAAAACUCACUCGCGCAUAAGUUCUUUGUAGGUUUGCAUGGCGAUAAAACAUAUAAUACUUUUGUUUGUGGAAACACCACGUAAAUUUAUUACUGCAAAGCUUUCGAUCCGUAAGCCCGGAUCUUAUUAUUAACAUUAUCAUGUUAUUCAUAUUAUUAGCACGGAUGAAGAUCCGGUGUCACAGUGAUACGAACAUCCCCGUGGCUUUAGUAUCCCCACACUAAUAUCCCUCGGGAUAAAAGUACCCCCGGUGGGGAUACCUACAACACUAGAAGUUGUCAUGGUCACACGAUAAUUUUUUAAGAAUAUUCUUACAAAUGAAAAAUCGCCUAAAAAUAUCACUUUUAAUUACAAAAUUAUUAAUUUCCCAACAUCUAUAUGUUAGGUAUGUUAUUAUACGUAAUGUAAGCCUCAAUUUAAGGUAAAAUUCAACCACAAACGCUUCGCAAAACGUUUUAAAGUCACUAGUGUUCUUUAUAAAACUAAACUGCCUUUUAAAAUGGCUUUAUCGAUAAACUUUGAGUUUGCAAUAAUAUGAUUUCAAAUUCUCGCUUGCAAAUAACUUUGCUUUCUUUUUUAUUUAAAAAAUUCAAUAUCGUAAAAAAGCGAAUCAAUAUUAAAGAUACACUGAAAUUAUAUGCUGUCUUGUUUAGUUGUUUCAUAUACGCAAAGGCCGUCGGGUUUUAAAGCCCAUUAUAAAAUCAAUAUUUAAAACAAACUUACCUUCGUUAACUUCGUUAACUUUCCCGCGAAAUGUUAGGGAUACAUGUAUCCCUAGUGAUGUGGGAAUGUAGGGUGGUUGUUUAGGGAUACGCAGAACACGACCGCCAUAUUGCUGGGGAUACACAUAUCCCUAGUGAGGUGAGCAUGGGAUACAUAUCCCUAGUGAUAUUAGUAGGGGAUACACAAAAGACGGGGAUACUCGUAUCACUGUGACACCGGGCUUAUGGAUCGAAAGCUUUGCAGUAAUAAAUUUAUGUGUUGGUUCCACAAACAAAAGUAUUCACUCGUGCAUGUUUUAUCCAAAUUUCAGAAACAAAAAUCUUUCGACAAACAACCGUGAACGUGGCCAAGUUUCUUGGAAAUUUUAAUGUGUCAACUGUUUCUCGUGUUUCUAGUUUGCGUACAGAUCUCAUGUACGUCCAGCAGUGGUGUAUGGUGGGGCUGAUGUUGGUCAACAAAUGCGUGACUUGGACCGUGGUUGUCAUCUUCUUGUCGCUACGCCAGGACGUCUUGUAGACAUGUUGGAUCGUGGAAAAAUUGGUCUCGACGUUUGCAAGUAAUAAUAAUAAAACCCGUUUUAGACGGUGUGUUUGGCAUGUGCCGACCUGGAAAUAAGUGGGACCUGGAUCCAGAAAAACGUAGUGGUUGAUUUAUGGGAAGGGGUGCACAGGGGUCUACAUCCUACUAACUUAAGUUUUGGAAUUCAAGGCAGCACCACAACUCUAGUUCAAAAUACUAAUAUUAAUAAUUAAUUUAGUUUGAUACUUUGAUUGAAUAAAGCAAAUUCUUAAUUUUGCUGCAAACGUCUAACAUUAUAAUUAUUUAAUAAUGAGAAUAAAAAGUAGAAAAGCAAUCAAAUAUUCAAAUGUGAGAAGAAUCUCAUUUUCUCUUUCACACAAUUCCAGCAUCAAGAGAGUUGCGGAUAUAUAUUUUAUAUAAUUAUUAAUAAAAGCAUAUUUAUUCAACAUAUCUUUAAAUAGUAAGCAAGAAAUAGCCAGUGCUGGGUUUGGUGUGCCUGAGCACUCCUCUAAAAAACCUUAUUAUAUUAUUUGGUGCUCAAGUAAUUAAUAUACAGUUAACAAUUAUACCACAGAAUACUACACAGAAGUCCAUCUCCAUUGCUUUUUGCGUAAGCUCUAUUCGUCAUGAUUCGUCACUCAGCAAGUACCGUAAACAGAAGCAGCCCCCCCCUGGAAAUACUAAAAAUGGCGUACGUCCAGGGGGUGACUGCUUCUGUUUACGGUACUUGCUGAAUGACGAAUCAUGACGAAUAGAGCUUACGCAAAAAGCAAUGGAGAUGGACUUCUGUGUGGUAUUCUGUGAUUAUACCAUGAGCUCGAGUCGUAUAUGAGCUGAUAGAGAGCGGAUGGUAACUUGUUUUAUAAUAUAGUGCAGCAGCAAUAAUAUAUUCUUCUCUGUUGUAAUGUUUGCCAGUUUGUUCGGCCAAAAUCCGCGUCGUUAAUUUGGCCUCAUGAAAAUUUAAAAUGUUUUAAAACUCGAAGUGAAAGAAAUCAUGGUAUAAAGAACCUGUAUUUGUCACAGAAAAGUUGAGAUAUUUUAUUCAUAUGUUUGGUAGUAUAGCAAGUGAUUGUUGACUUCAAAUUCAUUUCCUUUUCGUUGCGACCUUUUCUGAACAAUUUAUAUUCUCAACUCAAUGAACAUGUUUUUUUUUCGCUGUUGUUUCGGUAAAUGUAUUUUACUAACCUGUCAAAAUCUUUUGAGAGUUUUUUCUUUUCUUUUGAGAGUUUCUUCUCAAAGCCAAUAUUUUCCUUUUUUCUGCUUCGUACAACUCUAAAAUCUUGUAGUUUUUGUGCCGCCAUCUUGUUUUUUCGCUACACGCCGUAUAUGAGCUGAUAUAUGGCGAGUAGCUCGACAAUCAGAAUGCAGAGUAACUCGUAUACUUUGGAUGACUAUAUUGUAAUAAAUCAUAUAACAUGGUAGAACGUUUGACUAGCAAGCCAUAGGUCGCGGGUUCGAUUCCACCGCAGUCGAGCUGAGCAAUUUUCAUCUAAUGUAACGUGUUAACAACGAGUAUCUUUUAUCUGCAGAUUUCUGGUAUUGGACGAGGCAGAUCGUAUGUUGGACAUGGGCUUUGAACCACAGAUCAGAAGGAUCGUGGAACAGGAUACAAUGCCAAAAACUGGAGAUCGGCAAACUCUUAUGUUCAGUGCCACGUUUCCUAAGGAAAUUCAGGUUCAGUAAUUUCUUUCUUUGUAGCAUAUAUGCGAGUACACAGGCGUCGAUAACUUUUUUGUGUGUCUGGGGCGGUGAGCUCUAUAAAUAUCUGGACCAAGAACUUCAGUCAUUCGGCCUAUGAGAAAAGUGAAGCCAUGAUGACGGAAUGGAUGCUUCCAGCUACAGACUAAAUUUUGAUCUAGGCAAGAAGAACAAAAUCCAACACCGCAGCUAAAACGAGCAUGUUACAAUUAGUACAAUUGCAAAGUUUGGUUGCGAAAUGUUGUAAAAUGAGGAAAAUAUAGCCCUACGAAAGUUGCAAAUUUUGUAUUAAUUUGUAUUACGCGCGGGAAAAUGUACCACUUUCGACCUGUGGUGCAUUUUCCCGCGCGUAUUAAUACAAAUUUUGCAAAUUUCGCAGGGCUACAUUUUCCGCAUUUUACAACAUUUCGCAACCAAACUUUGCAAUUGUACUCAUUUUAACAUGCUCUUUCUAGCUGUGGUGAUGGAUUUUGUUCUUCUUGCCUAGAUCAAAAUUUAGUCUAGAACUGGAAUCAUACAUUGACCUCCAAUAGCUGUGAAGGUCGUGAACAGUUUUUAUACCAUUUUCCCCAGCUAAUUCCAUUUUUUUUUCUUCUGACGCACCGUAACGCUAUGAAAAAUGUGAAGACGUGAUGAGACGAAAAAUUAGCUACUGUAUGAUCUAGUAGACCAAAAUCUAGUAUAGUUGUACGCUAGAAACAUUAACUUGUAAGUGCGCCAAUUAACAAAGAUUUUAAUGGUUAAGAAUGGUUAAGUAAUAAGAGUUACAACAAGAUAAAUUUUAUCUUAUAUCUUCUGUUUUUAAAAGGUUACGAAAAUGUAGCGGUAGGAGACUUGCUUUAGUUCUGAUGUGACCGCGACAGGCGCGAGUGCUAUAUUUACAAUUUUCUAGUAUUAGAGCGGUUAAGGUACUCCGGUUUAUGGUUGCAGGUAGACCGUAUAGUCAUUUUGUUUCGAAAUUUAUAUCAAUGCCCGUGUGUUUACUCGUAAUUAUGUACAUGGUUUUUUUUGCCAUAGAUAUCUUAUAUACACUAGAUAGUGCAUCUAAUUAUUCUGCAAUUCAAAAAUUGAAGCCGUCAUUGCAGACUCAGGAUAUUCCCAUGAAAUGAGAAGACUCGUAUGUUUUCUAUUUCUUAAACAGGGAACUUAAACAUUAAGUUAAAGCUAUUCCAAAUACAUUUUCAAACUAUUCAAAUGAUGAAAGUUAUUGUUGUUUUUUAAGCGUUUAUUAUAGCGAGUGGGAAACUCCAACAUGGCCGCCAUCUAUUCAAAUGAGGGUAACCGCUGGAAUAUUCUUGGCUUCAAUUUUACUAAAAGAGAUGUGCUAUCUAGUUUAUAUAAGACAUCUAUGUUUUUUGCGGACCAUAGUCUAUCGCAUCAAAUAGAAAAAAAGUAUGAUCAAACACUGGAGGAAAUUUGUAAACAAAAUGACGGAACCGGGGUAUCUUAACUUCUCUAAUAUGUUAAAACGUCAAUGGGACGUUUUAACAUCAACUAUAUUAUUAUUGCAGUUCAAUGAUGCAUGUAUUAAACCAAUUUAUAAUAUAGCAUUUGUAAAUUCUGAACGCUGAUUGGCUAAGAGCCGUGUUGAUAUAACUCAAUGUCAACACGGGAAAUUUUCCGCCGCUUGUAAACACGGAAAUUUUUCUUAUCCUUCGGGCUUUUGACAUUGCUAUAUUAUAAAAAAAAUAUAAAACAUUUUUUCCGUAUUGAUAUAUAGUUAUAUCAACACUCGUGGAAGUUGGGAAAACUCGAAAUUGUAUGAAAACACUCCGCCCUUCGGGCGUCGUGUUUCCACACAAUUUCUCGUUUUCCCAAUUCCACUCGUGUUGAUAUAACUGUAUAUCAACACGGAAAAUGUUUUAUAUUUGUUAAAUAAGCACAACUGACAACAUUAAUAACAUAAUUUGUAACGUAUUUUUUUAGAUUCUUGCACGUGAUUUCUUGAGUAACUACAUUUUCUUGGCCGUUGGACGUGUUGGUUCCACAAGUGAAAAUAUCACACAAAAGAUUGUCUGGGUUGAUGAUGUAGACAAGAGAUCAUUCUUGUUGGAUUUACUCAAUGCUUCAGGUAUUUUCAUGCCGGGCAACAAUCUUUAGUUCAGCAAAUGUCCUUGAUUCCAGGUUUCCUUUGCUUACCCUUUUCUUGUGAACCAUCUACAGAUUCUCCAUUGGGUUGAGUUUAGGACUUUUUGCUCGCACCUCAAAGGCUUGUUGUACGAUUUCUGAUUUUGAUUUUGAAAAUCAAAUGAUAAUGGUAAAAAUUAUCGUUAAAAUAUUGUACUUUUACACCCGCCAUUUUGCUUCGCACAAGUUACGUAUUUGAAUUUAAUUCCAUAAUAAUAAUAAUAAUAAUAAUACUUUAUUUCAAAUAACAAUACAUAAUUACAUUGGUAUUUGAAAAAUGUAGACCUUGAGAUUAGCCCUAUAUCCAUCGGUCUCAAUAUGAAAAUUUUAGUUAAAUGAGCUACGAUUACAAUACGAGUAGGAUUUUGAAUGAUUGAAUUUAGUUAAACCCUAUCGUUGAAUAAAAAUGGCUGAGCUUGCAAUAGUUUUUGUACCAUUGCACGGUAGCAAAAUGAGAAUUUUAAUUCCAUAUCACGUGAUCAUAGUCAGCCAAUUAAAUUAAAUGAUCAGUAUUUAAUGAGAUGUUAUACAGUGUGUAUAAAAAAAUGUAAUCGAACUUCACUGCGCUAUUGUAUCUGAAUUACUCUGCGUAAGAACAAGAUUUUAUGCUUUUAGCUGUUGAAUGAUAUGUCCUUCAUGCCAAAUGGAUAAAAAUGAGCAAAUACGAAUCCGAUAAAAUAUGUUAGUCAGAAUCGCGUAUUUUCCCCGAUGAGAGUUGGGUCUAAAUCCAUUGAAAAUUAACCCUCUUUGAGACUUAAGUUGACGAAUUUCACUUCAGUAAACUACGCACAUAUUCACAAUUACUAUUAAGUAGGAAUAAAUCUUAGCUAAGCUAUGACAAGUUCGUGAUUAUUGCUUUUUGUGGGUAGCCGCGCAUGCGCAGCUAACCACUAUGUGAGAGACUGAGCGCGAUCUUCCGUGGCUCUGUUUCUCUGUGGCUCUGUAGCCUUCGUGUCCGCGGUGUCCUGCUGCGCGGUUCCUUUUAUCCUUGAAAUACGAACCGUCUAUCGACCACAGGCUAAGUUCACUAACGCUCAUACUGUACAGAGAUGUGUAUAAAUUCUUAGUAAAGUCUUUAUUGUAAUAUGUUUUGUCAGGUCGAUAGUCAUUUCCAACGCAUAUAGAAUCGAAUAUGUCGUUGUUUUUAUAAUCACAGCUUGUACAAGGGUCGUUGGGGUUAAUAUUAGCGCACGGGGUCUGUUUUAUAUCGUGUAAUGACAUAUCAGUUUGAUCAAACAUUUUAUACGUAUUAGAAAAAUAUAGUAAUUAAUGAUAUAGCGCGCGACGAUUGGACAUAUUUACGUUAGUCUAUAUCGAAGGAAUGUUGACGAACAUAUAGGUAUAUAGAAUCGAGUAUGUCGUUGCUUACAUAAUGUUUGUAAGGCCACGUCAUUGAAAUCGGGUUAGUCGAAUGUGUAAAUUAAAGGACAUUGGCAAUAAAAAUUUUUAUUGCUUUAUCUGAAAGAGCAUGAAAAAAUAAGCCGAUUGGCCGUUUACUGCUCUAUUCUAUCUCAUCUGGUUCCGAAGUUAUACGCAAAAAUGUGCAAAAUAUAAAUUGCUGAUUCAGCACAACGUGUGACGUCAUUGGUUGGGUAAGUAUGUUUAUUGAAUAGUAAACUGAAGCAUAGCUCAGUUAUUAUUGGCUCAAAUCAAAUGAAAUUUUGCAUACAGAUAGUACAUGAUGAGACGCAUGAGAAAAUACUUCCAAUUUAGUUGUCAAGGCAACACUGUCGUUCCCAGGCCCCAUACACUGAUUUUGAAUAACUAGUUGCAUUUAUCUAUGUGUAUGUCAUUUUCGAAUUAUUAUCAGGCAA